CGAACGUUCCCCAAAUUCUUCCAACUUCAACCUUUUGCGACAAGCUAUCAAAAAAUUCUAACUCUCGCCCGGUGCCGCCAGGCAGAUUAUACGAUCCUUAUGAUUCUAUUCUAUUAGACCUUACCAGAGGGCAUAUGUCCCGGUCCACCUUUUUUUCCCAAUUUCUCUGAAUUUCCUUCUCAUAUUCAAUCCGCCAUAAUCACAAAAUGGGUAUUUGCUCUUCUUGCCUCGGCCGCGGCCGCCGCGAUUCCUACGAUGAAGACGAUGUAUCCCGACUACUUUUCGACGACCCGAAUAAUCUCCAGUAUGGAAGCUUCGGCGAGCAAAAUUUAAACGCUCAAGCUGACCCGCUUGAGUCGCAACGAGAAGUGGAAGCUCUGCAGAGAGUAGUAGCACGGACGUCCAACAAUCUUGUCGACGUCUUUGAAAUCACCCCACAGGAGUCUCAGAGGACUCAACCUGCUUUAUUCUCAGGGCAAGACGCCCGUUUAGCCCGGUACCAAAACAUAUUAUCCAAGCUUUCGCGAGAAGGCGAAACUCCCCCCACAGACAGUGCUUUCGGCGCCGUAGACUGGUUAUUAGGCGACGACGAUACUAUCGAGAUACAAGGCAAACCCCCUAGUGUCAAGGAUGAAGUAGGGGGCCAACUUGUGGGUACCUUUGGAGAUAUAAAUGCGACACGGCUAUGAAGAGUGCUAGUUUUGAAUGGGUUAAUGACGCAAGUCUGCCCACAUGGAUACCCAUUUGCAUUUGAUUCCGCCGAUUGAUAGCGGGAUACGAGCCGACCAAAGACCGAUUUGGUGAUGGAUUUCUCUAUGUGAUGGAUUUCUCUAUGACUUGGCCAAUGUUUGUGGCGGGGUCUUAUUCUAGUCCAAUCUUGGGUUAUACAGCGGGGGAGAGCGAGAUUCACAUACUGAAUUAAGUCAACGAAUCAAUCCUACAUGUGUAGUGCCAAAUAACCAAUCAGGGAUUGGUUUUCAGGGGGACCUAAAGAGAAGCAAGUCCAUUAAGUGGUAGACACGUGCCUAGUCAAUAUCAUUUUCUUUACUAGCGAGUUGGUUCCUAUGUAUAAGAGUCCCGCCUGUUCGGUACGCGGUUCUAUAUGUUUUUGUAUUAUAAUCUUAAAAAGGUAUUCAUCCGGCUUCGGUCUUCGGUAUUGAAGGGUAUAAAGAAUCGCGGGCCGAAGAGGCUCACGAUGUUGUUUUCUAGAAUUCUAAACGGGAGUCUGUGCGUUAGAUUCUAGCCAGUGAGCGGGGAAUCCGGGAAGGGCCGCAACCACCCCCCUAAAUUCCAUGUGUCACCCGGUCUCCUCCACUCAUUUAGGGUUAACGAGUUGGUAAUAAUAAAAUAAUCCACCUACCAAAGACGAUACCACAAGAAUAAUAUAUCGCCC